CUUUGUGUAAUGUACCAAAAUAAGUACGAAUAAAACUAUCCUAAAAUUGGCCGUCAGCCUAAAAUAAUUACAUUAUUAGACGUACAUAACCAUCAUGGGGAAGCCAUCAGAUGUACAGAAGACUAGAAGUUGUGAACAAUACAAAUGUGAUUCGCUGAUAGGGCAGCACAAGACUUUAUAUGAGCUACCGGAUCCAGAGACUCGUGGAAUAUUCGUCAUCAAAGAGGAUGGAAUUAUAAUAUAUGUCGGACAAUCGGGUGACUGUAUGCGUGAAAGAAUGCUGAGUCAUCUUUCAGGUUACGAUGCCCAAAAUGUUGGAAAAUAUUUAAAGACAAUGACCAAGGAAUAUAGAAAUGAACAUGUAACUGUUGGGUGGGCCGCUGUAGAUAAUCCUAAAUUUGAAGAACAUCACUAUUUGUCUUGUCUUGCUGAAAAGCAGAAGAAUUGGCCAAAGUGUAAUCUUAAGCGCGGAAGACCACCUGCGAGAUCUCGAUCGGAAUCAAAGCACCAGUCAGAAAAUUAACGAUGUCAUCACACCAUUUAUUAACUUGUGACAUAACGUUUUACAUUUAUUGACAAAAUACAACCACGUGGCAAAGUGACAACAAAUAUAGAAUACGAAGGUCCCUAAUGUCUGCUAUUGGAAACCUAUAUCUGCGUUGUAUGAAUGAAUGCAGAUUUAUGAAUCUGUAAUAACAUUUAUAAGGAUAAAGACCAUGGACAUAAAUGUGUACCUAUUGCACUGUUAUCUAUACUGGUCAUUAAGAAAAUCAAUGAAAUGCUGUUAAACAUAUUUGACUGGUCUUCAAAAAUUGACAACAACAAAAUAAACCCAUUUUGAAGAGAUUUUGAAUAUGACCAAAGCACAUAGCUAUUAUGUGUUUAUAAAACUAUGAUAAAGCAUAUUCAUUAAUGCCAAAUAUUUUGCAACCUCAUACCUUGUUAAAUAUGAAUGAUAAGAAUGAAAUAAAUAAAGAACACUUUUAAGAAUUGUU